GUCCGAUUUUGAUAGAAAUAAUUUGUCUCCAAUCUUUCAAAACUUUCAAGGGAGCUCUCGUCAAAGCUCUGAUUAGUCUAUUCCUUUUAAAUUGAUGAGUGGUGCUAAAAAUCAUGCUAUUCAAGCAUUUCUUAGAAAUAGAAGUGAAUUGAAGGAUCUCCAUGUCACCUACUACCUCGGCCACCAUUGCUCCAUGGUUCAGAACUCAACUAUGGAAGGUGUUUCUUGUCAUCAUUUAUGCUUUUGAUCAAUUCUUUUCAUACCUAGUUCACCGAUCACUCCAUCAUAUGGUAUCUCAUCAACAAACAGAUGUUAGACCAAGACUGACUCAUCAUGUUUUAGGCAUUCAACUUGCAAGAAAACAGCAGCGAUAGUUGCACAAUGGCUUCCACUUCUUCGAUGGUUUCGUCAUCUUCUUCCCCGGUGACACAACCUGAAAAUUUGAUGCCCCCUCCACCAGCACCAGUGUCAGAAACUGCUCCAGUGACAAGUACUUUGGUGGUUUCAAAACAAUAAACCCCUUUUUAGUUUUAGGGCUUAUCCUGGACCCAAGGUUCAAACUACGUCAUGUGAGUCAUGUGUUAAGAACUGUGAUGGAGUGGACUGAACUUGAAGUGUUUAAUAAAGAAUCUGAGAUGAAAACCUUCAUGCUAUCUCUCUAUGAUGAGUAUGUUGACAAACUGGAGGGUGGUAAGCUUGUGAAGAAGAGAAAUGGAGAUGGCAAUGAAACAGGCAAUAUGAAGAGGCAGAAGUCAACAUCUAUGCGUGGCAGCUCAAGUAAAAAUGCAUUUGUGGUGGAUUGGACUAAACACAUCGGACAAACUGAUGCAACAGUUGUUACACAUGAGAUAGAUCAAUACCUCAAUGAUUCUUUGGAACCAAUAGGAGCGAAACCGCCUCAAGAAACUGAGGAAGAUGACACUUCAUUCGAUGAAGAGGUUGUUGAAGAGGAAUACCAGAUGUUUGAUGUCUUGCAUUGGUGGAAAUUUGCUUCACCCAAUUAUCCUGUUUUAGCAUCAAUUGCUAGAGAUGUAUUUGCUAUACAAGUUUCAACAGUUGCCUCUGAGGGUGCUUUUAGCACAGGUGGACGAGUAAUUGAUGCUUUUAGAAGUUCAUUAACCCCAUCUUCAAUAGAAGCUUUAAUUUGUAUGCAGAAUUGGCUCAAAGGAGAUAACAUUAUCACUCAUUUUGAAGAUGAACCGUGCACAAAAGAACUGGAGUUUUAUGAAGCCAUUGAGACAGAGUUGGCAAAUGCAAGACCUGGAAGCUUAAGUAUUCAUCAAGAUGAAGAGGAUAUUUGAAAUUGAUGUUUGUGAUUUACUUUUUGAACUACUAUAGUUUAAUGGAGCAGCAAAUUGAAGAUCUUUUGCCGGUGUCUGGAGAAGCCAAUGGUGCUUAGAGAGUGGUGGUCAUGAACGUUUUGUUAUUUAUGUUUUGUACUAUUAUAGUUUAUAUGAAAUUUAUUAACUAUGUAAUAUGAAAAUUGAUAAUUGUGUGGAUUUUUGGAUGGUGACUAAGUUUUAAUUUGUCAAAAAAAGUGGCAUUGUUUGGUAUUGGUAU